GUCUCACUCUCUCUCUUUCUCUCCCUCUCCUAUCGGAGCACAAUGAAAGCCUGUGUAUCGCCGUGACUCCGAGCGGCGGAGCCAGUGUCAGCCCAGCGGCGAACAACAGACGGGGAAAAGAGAAAGGAAAAGACCGGCUACUUUCUUUUCCAUCUCUAAAAGCGGAGCAAUCCAAGAGAUAGAACCACAUUGCUUAUUGCGAGUCCAGACCCUCAGAUCCACUGGCCGGGGAUGGAAUGUACAAAAGUGGACAGAAAAGUGGCUGGACAUGACUCGGUGCAAUUUGCUGGAAGUUUGUAAGUUUGACCAUCGUUUGUAAAUUACUCUCGGAAGAGUUUGUCUCUCUUGAUACUGUAUUAGAAUCGAGCCGGGGGUGAGGACUAGAAACGUAAGCGGGAAAGAAGAAGGAAAAAAAAAAAAAAAAAUGUGUUGAAGGAUCUCUCUCUCAGUGGCUAGUGACUUCAGACUGCUUUCAUUUAAGGCUGGGAAACCUUAGAGGGAAUGAGGAUUUUACCGGUGAUUGGAUUAGCUGAAGAAAAAAGCAUGGUCCAGAAGUCCAAUUACUGACAUUAACAAUUGAAAAGCUGUCUCCCUCUUUGGGGAGAAGACCACAUCCUACAGCACCCCCAAAGAGGAGAAAACACCGGAGCAAAGGGAAAGGGAGGAAAAAUUAAAAGCCAAAAGACAGUCUCUGUUUGAUUUUUGUACGUUUUGAACAUUGACUUCAAAAAGCUUCUGAAACAGCACUUUAAAAAAAAAAAAUUGAGGAAAAGUAAAGGCCGUGGGUUACAGAGACCAUGGUAGAUAUGGGUUCCUCUGCAGAAACAUCCCCAUAAAAGAAUCUUCGGAAACAACUAGGUGAGGGGGGGAGUCCAGCUCUCUAUUAAUACCUCUCACAAUUCCCUUUGCUGUCUGUUCCUGUCUCUUGCUUGACAAUCCCUGAAUUCUUGCUCUAACCCCCAGAUCGUGUGUUUACAAAGUACCUAGUGGCUCUUGUCAGCUUGGUGAGUAGGGGGGGGGGGCGUGGGGAAUCCCCACUAACUCUCUCCAACUUCUCCAGAGCUGUCAAAUACAAUUAGAGCAAGUUGAUCAGGGUUUGUUUCCAACUUAUCCUCUGCCAUUGGUUUCUGUUCUUCCUCCUCACCCUCUUUUUACUCACUCCCCUCCCCCAUACCUUCUCCACUACGCACCCCCCCCACACCGCCCCCAGCCUCUGAAGACCUCUAUUCAUGUGGUCCUGAGCUCUGAGCGCACAUUGUCAAAAGCAGAUUUGCCUGUGCUAACCGGCUAUAGCCUCCCACCACCUCACCAUCCCACGGGCAGCAAUCAUUGUGUCCAGUAAGAUGGGGGACACAGCGCCCCCGCAGGCCCCCACGGGAGGGCUAGGGGGGGCCCCCGGGGCGGGGCUCCUUGGAGGGGGCUCGGUCACCCCGAGAGUGCACAGUGCCAUCGUGGAGCGCCUUCGAGCUCGCAUCGCCGUCUGCCGCCAGCACCACCUGAGCUGUGAAGGACGCUACGAACGGGGUAGGGCCGAGAGCUCGGACCGGGAAAGAGAGAGUACCUUGCAGCUCCUGAGCCUCGUCCAGCACGGCCAGGGGGCCAGGAAGGCCGGCAAGCACACCAAGGCCACUGCCUCCACUGCCACCGCGACAGCCCCUCCGCCGGCGCCCGCCGCCCCUCCGACGGCCUCCCAGACGGCAGCGCCCGCGGCCCCAGCGCCCCCGCCGGACUAUCAUCAUCACCACCAGCAGCACCUGCGGAGCAGUAGCAGCAGUGGUGGCAGUGGUGGGAUCGACGGCGAGCAGCAGCAACAGCCACCGGCUUCCACCCCAGGGGACCAGAGGAACUCGGCCCUCAUUGCGCUCCAGGGUUCCUUGAAAAGAAAACAGAUCGUUAACCUGUCUCCUGCCAACAGCAAGAGGCCCAAUGGCUUCGUCGACAACUCAUUCCUUGAUAUCAAAAGAAUCCGUGUCGGCGAAAAUCUCGCUGCAGGACCAGGGGGCCUCCCAGUAAAUAAUGGACAAAGUCAGAUGAUGUCGGGGACCUUGCCCAUGAGCCAAGCACCCCUGAGAAAGACUGCUGCACUGCCGCCCCCUCCUACACACUCUCCUGGAAAUGGUCUGUUCAACAUGGGCUUAAAGGAAGUGAAGAAGGAACCUGGAGAGACGCUCUCUUGCAGCAAGCACGUGGAUGGCCAAGUGACCCAGGAGAAUAUUUUCUCUAACAGGUACGGAGAUGAUCCCGGGGAGCAGCUGAUGGAUCCCGAGCUACAGGAGCUGUUUAACGAACUGACCAACAUAUCUGUGCCUCCCAUGAGUGACCUUGAGCUGGAGAACAUGAUCAAUGCCACCAUAAAGCAGGAUGACCCGUUUAACAUCGACCUGGGUCAGCAGAGCCAGAGGAGCACUCCCCGGCCAUCCUUGCCCCUAGAGAAGACAGUGAUCAAAAGCGAAUACUCCCCUGGCCUGACCCAGGGCCCUUCGGGCUCCCCGCAGUUGAGGCCCUCAUCCGCGGGACCCGCGUUCUCCAUGGCCAGUUCAGGCCUCUCUGCUUCAUCCCCGAUCCCUUCAGUCCCCCAGAGCCAGGCGCAGCCCCCGCCAGCCACCGGAGCAGCCAGGGCCCUGCCCAGCUGGCAGGAAGUAUCCCACGCCCAGCAGCUCAAACAGAUUGCUGCCAACCGGCAGCAGCAUGUCCGGAUGCACCAGCAACAGCAGCAGCACCAGCCCACUAGCUGGCCAGCCUUGCCUUCCUCGGCAGGACCCUCCCCAGGCCCCUUCGGGCAGGAGAAAAUCCCUAGCCCCUCUUUCGGCCAGCAGCCGUUCAGCCCCCAGAGCACCCCCAUGCCGGGGGUCACGGGCGGCGGCAACCAGUCAAAGGUCAUGGCGAACUACCUGUUCAAGGCCAGCCCCUCGGCCCAGGGAGGGCCGCUGGACGUGCUCCUGCAGCCCAAGCCACAGGACCUCAGCCGGAGCUUUCUGAACAACCCGCACCCGGCCAUGGAGCCCCGGCAUGGCAGCACCAAGCCUUUGUUCCAUUUUAACUCGGAUCAAGCCAACCCGCAGAUGCCUUCCGUGUUGCCUUCCCAGAGCAAGCCUUCACUCUUGCAUUACACGCAGCAGCAGCCGCAGCAGAGCUCCAUCACGGUUCAACCGCAACAGCAGCCGCAGCAGCCGCAACAACAGCAGCAACCACAACAGCAGCCGCAGCCGCAGCCGCAGCAGCAGCAGCAGCCACAAGCGCAGCAGCCAGCGGCCCAACCCGCCCAGCCUCUCUCGAACCAGCCCCUGCUGAGGGCCCCGUUACCACUGCAGCAAAAGAUCCUCCUGCAGAAGAUGCAGAAUCAGCCUAUCACGGGACUGGGGUACCAAGUCUCCCAGCAGCACAGACAGGAUCAACACUCUGUGGUAGGCCAGAACGCGGGCCCCAGUCCAAGUCCCAACCCCUGCUCAAAUCCAAACACUGGAAGUGGUUACAUGAACUCCCAGCAAUCACUGUUGAAUCAGCAAUUGAUGGGAAAGAAACAGACUCUGCAGAGGCAGAUCAUGGAGCAGAAACAGCAGCUUCUCCUCCAGCAGCAGAUGCUGGCUGAUGCGGAGAAAAUUGCUCCACAAGAUCAGAUAAACAGACAUUUGACAAGGCCACCACCAGAUUAUAAAGACCAAAGAAGAAAUGUGGGCAACAUGCAACCAACUGCUCAGUAUUCUGGUGGCUCAUCAACAGUGAGUUUAAACUCUAACCAGGCUUUGGCAAACCCAGUUUCAACGCACACCAUCUUAACUCCAAAUUCCAGCCUCAUGUCUACUUCUCACGGGACACGAAUGCCGUCCUUACCCACAGCCGUUCAGAACAUAGGGAUAUAUGGGAACCUGCCUUGCAGCCAACCCAGCACAUACAGCGUCACUUCAGGAAUGAAUCAACUGACCCAACCAAGAAACCCAAACCAACUGAUAGCAAAUCAAAACAACCCUCUGAUGCCACGGCCACCCACUUUAGGGCCCAGUAAUAAUAAUAAUAAUAACGUGGCCACUUUUGGAGCUGGAUCUGUUGGCAAUUCGCAACAAUUAAGACCAAAUUUAACCCACAGCAUGGCCAGCAUGCCAGCACAGAGAACGUCGAAUGUAAUGAUCACAUCCAACACAGCAACGCCUAACUGGGCCUCUCAAGAGGCAACAGCCAAACAACAGGAGGCGCUGAAGUCUGCAGGAGUGCGCUUCCCCACGGGCACGACUACAGCCUAUGCUCCAAACCAGUCACUGCAGCAGGCGGUAGGUAGCCAGCAGUUUUCCCAGAGAGCAGUGGCUCCUUCUAAUCAGUUAACCCCAGCAGUGCAAAUGAGACCCAUGAGCCAAAUGAGCCAGACACUAAAUGGACAAAACAUGGGUCCGCUCCGAAGUCUGAAUCUCAGACCAAAUCAGCUAAGCACGCAGCUUUUGCCGACUAUGAACCAGGCAGGGACAGGGCUGAGCCAGUCGAGGACAGUCAGCCAGCCACCCUCCCUGGCAGCCGGCGGUUUUCCUUCACCCAACCAAAGUUCCAGGGCAUUUCAAGGAACUGACCAUGGCAAUGACUUAGCUUUUGACUUUCUCAACCAGCAGACUGAUAACAUGGGCCCUGCCCUAAACAGUGAUGCUGAUUUCAUCGAUUCUUUAUUGAAGACAGAGCCUGGUAAUGAUGACUGGAUGAAAGACAUCAAUCUUGAUGAAAUCUUGGGGAACAACUCCUAGAGGAGAAGAGGGAGACAGUUCACAAACUCCAAGCAGCAGAAGGCAGUAUUUUACAAGGACUCUGGAAAGGCCAAACUGUUGCCUUUUAGUUGGACUCUAGGAAGAUACCUUGGCUUAAAAAUGGAAAGCAGAAAGUAACUGUAGUGGUGAACGUUUUGGUCCAAAUGCUUGUUUGAAAUUUCAAACCUGGAAGUAAAACAUUGGGAUCACCUUUGCCUGUCUAAACCCCAGGACAGUAUCCAGUUUAUCCAAACAGAACGAUGAUGUUGAUGUACAAUUAGUUGUGUAAAAUAGGCUUCCCAAGCUCCUUUUCUCCCUGAAAGAAAAGUAAUAGAACUUGUAGCUUGUUUAAACCCCAUGUCACGCAGAGGUACUAGUUCCAAGCAACAAGCAACAAAUCCCUUAAUCUGCUCCAACAGAUGUAUGUGUGGUUUAACCUCUCCACUCUUUUCAUUUAGGUUUCUUAAAACUUCCAGGGUAGGUUGAAAUGUUAUAGAUCUGUUUGGAGUAACCAGUGUCCUAAGUAAGGGAAAACUGGAGAACACAGAGAAUAUCCAGCGGACUCUAGAAUUUCUUCCCCAGAUUCAUCCCUCACUUUUUCAGUUUUCCCACCUAUCCUGUACUUUAGCAAGAUGCUGUGUCUAGUGAGGAACAGGAACACAGAGCUGGUCAACUUUUUUCCACAACCGGUUUCCGAACCCAGUUUCUGAAUCUUAAGCUUCAAUUAUGGUCUGUCCUAAUCAUACUGAAAUAUUAGGGCACACCAGUCUGCAUCAGAUUUCACUCCACUGGGCAUUGCUUUAAAGGAGAUGUAUUAACCACAAAUAACCUGAGGUGUUGCUUAUUGUUGAUGAUGCCUGCUGGUUAGUGUCCCCGCUGAGUGAAACCGAACCUGGCCCGCUCUGCUUAUUUUGAUGGUCAGAGACAGAUUUGUAAGAAAAGGAAGUUUAGAGACCAAAACUGAAAUUACAAAGUGUCAUGUUUUGGUUGAAGAUAAGAAGCAAAAGGUCACAACCCGGGAUGGUGGGUACAUAUGUAUUUCACAGUGUUUGAAGGAAAGUGUAAUUGAGACAAAAAAACCCAAUCUGGCCUUAUUUAGACACAUUAUUUGGGUGAACAACUAAAUAGAAUGUGAUCUGUCAGGAGCAGUCUGCUCAUUCUGUUGUCCCUGAUGUGAUGAAUCAUGCCACAUGCUAGAUGGGCCCUUCAUAUCCAGGUUUUCUCCCUCAGGGCAGAGCACUGUAUCAAAGAAAGAGUUCCUGCUGAAUUGUAACAGAUCAGCUGUAAAAUGGGGAAGAUGUAUGCUGAUUUGGGAUGUAUGCAAAAUAUUACUAUCAUUUUCCUCAUUACAGAGGAACACAGGUUACCUUUAGCCUGUUUAGUUAUACACUCACGUAUUCAAGUAUCACAAGAUAUUUAACUGAAAUCAUUUAAUAACUCUUUAGAUACUUGUUCUAGAAAGAACACAUUUUGAAAGUUCUGCAAAGCCCUCUUGUGAUCUUUAAAAUGUCUAGAAGCACUCUCUUUCUUUUACACAAUACCAACAUCACUGGCCCAGAAUCUUUUCUGUGCUAGGCUGUAAAUAUAAAUAAAUUACUUGUUUUGUAAACUUUUGUAAAGAAUAUUUUGGUAGAAAUACUUAAAGCAUAUUCUUUGGGUUAUAUUUAUACAUAUGUGAAAUAAAUAUACUAUCAAAAGGUUAUAUUUUAUACAAAAAGUAAAUUGUUACCUUUUGUAUGCUAAUAUACAAAGUUUUGUAUAAUAUGAUGGUUUAUUUUUAGCUCUUACUCUUCACCCUAGAUGGCCAAGUGGGAACUUUUGAAAACUAUCAAGAGGCUUGUUAGACAAAUUUAUAUUCUGAAACCUCAAUAAGAAAGCAUUCCAGGUUUCAACUCUUUCCUUUUUUUUUCCCUGCUCCCAAAUCCUGUUUUAAACCCAUAGCUCUUGUGUCUUGUUUGAUUAUUCUGCUGCGCACAGUGUAUCUCGGUCCUUGUUGCAUGUGGUCUACUGUGUGUCUUCCCAUUUUUAUAAAUCAAGUGUUUCUCCAUGCAAAAAAGUAAGGAAGAAUUAUGUACAUACGAACACUUUGUUUUAUGGCUCCUCCAUGUUACUGUAUAUAUAUCUGCCAGCACGUCCCAGUUACACUCCUGUGAUUCAGCUUAUUUUUACCCUAACAUAAAUAGUAUGUUUUUGUAGUAGAUAUCAAAUUUAAGAGAUAAAGCAAUCAGAAUGUUUGGAUUUUCUUCUAUCUUAAUGUGAAUUUCAUAAUUAAUGUCUAUUUAUUCAGCUAUUCAUUAAAAUACAGGAUUCUUUGGAAAAAAACGGUGUAGUCUAUAGUUUCUGUUUGUUGGCAGCCUAUUACCAAAGAUGAUGUAAGCUGAGAUAAUGACGAUUUGAUAGACAUUUGCAGCCAAAACUUCAGGAUUUACAACUUAAAGGCUAUGGGAAUGCAAUCUCCCUUUUAUAGAAAUACCAGACUUCUUAAUUGUUGGCACUGCUUAUCAUUCUGACACAGUAUCCAUGAGGUAGAAGUAAUUUUUCCUUUUUUUUUUUUUAAUUCAAAGAGUAGAAAGUAAUUUAAGCAAAUAAUUCAUUCUUGGCUUUGUGUUAAGCCCAAUGAAGACAGAUAACUCUGUUCUAAGUGAAGGCACUAAUAUUACUUGCAUUACUGUAACUGUACCCAUAACUGUAAAGCUUUCAACUUGUAAGACAAGUAUUUUGUAUCGUGUAUAAUUUCAUGUGUUAAAAAAAAAUAGCUUAAAAAAUUC